UAAAGUUCAUGCGCUCAGAGCGGAUUGGACUAAAUAAUCUGAAUAAGGUGCUCAUGUUUGUGUAAAGCGCUUUAUUAAAUCUCAUUGUAUCACUCACCGCUUCUUCAUUCCUGGAAUUGCUUCUAGAGUAAGCGGACUGAAAGCAGCGGUGGUGCUAAGAGGAACCGUCAAACCUAGAGAUGGCGUCUGCCAUCGAGGGCAGCGUGGACUCUAAAGCAGAGCUGACUGCUCUGCUGGAGCAGUGGGAACGAGAACAACAAGGCAGCACUCAGGAACUGGUCAACAUUUUGACCAAAAUAUCUGAACUUGUUGAAAGAGAGACUGAGGAGUAUCACAAAGCUGAUCCUGACCCAUUUGAUGACCGCCACCCAGGACGGGCAGACCCAGAAAGCAUGCUGGGACAUUUAUUGAAGAUCCUGUUUAAGAAUGAUGACUUCAUGAAUGCGUUGGUGAACUCAUAUGUCAUGACGAGUAGAGAAGUUCCUCUGAACACUGCAGCAUGUAGACUGCUGCUAAAUAUCAUGCCUGGCCUGGAGACUGCGGUGGUUUUUCAGGAAAAGGAGGGAAUUGUAGAGCGCUUGUUUAAAUGGGCCCAGGAGGCUGAGGAGCCCUUGAGGAUCUAUGCUACAGGUCUGCUCGCUGGAGCCAUGGAGAACCAAGACAUUGCUGCCAACUACCGGGAGGAGAAUUCUGUGCUGGUUCCUUUAAUGCUUCAAAGGCUGCGCGAGCUCCAACAAAAAGAUGCCGAAAGCCGGAAGGACUUUAAGCGGCCUAGUCCACGCAAGAGCAUGGAACCAAUGCUCCCUCUGGAUGAGGAAGCAGUGGAUGGUGAGUUUUCAUCCAGCCCUCAUGUUCAUGCUGAGAACAACAGCUUUGGGCACGAAUUGGAUUUAGCCAUCUCCCCUGAGCCCUGUUCAGUCCAGAAGAGCAGUGGCCGAGCCAGCUCUGUUGUCAAAGGCGUGAUGAAACCAGCUGCAGCACUCCAGUCUGAGCCAGAAAACUCUGCUGCGGUAGUUAAAGAUUGGAAGAAGAGGGUGGAGCACGAGAACAGCAGAAAGGCUAAACAGAAACUAAACUUCUCAUUGCCGGAACCUGAACGCAGCUUCAGUGAGUUGUCCAAUAGCAGCUGGUCGGAGAUGAGUCCAUGGGUGAUUGGGAACAAUUACCACCUUUACCCACUCACGUCGGGCAUCGAGCAGCGCCUCAUUCUGCAGUACCUGACGCCACUUGGGGAGUACCAAGAGCUUUUGGCAGUGUUCAUGCAGCUUGGCGCACGGGAACUUCUCAUGCAUUACAUGGACUUAAAGCAGACUAAUGAUGUUCAGCUUACCUUUGAGGCCCUGAAGUACCUUGCCUCUCUGCUGCUGCAUAAAAAGUUUGCAGCAGAAUUUGUGGCUCAUGGUGGAGUACAAAAGCUUUUGGAAAUUCCUCGGCCCUCCAUGGCCGCUACAGGAGUUUCCCUGUGUCUUUAUUAUUUAGCCUACAACCAAGAUGCCAUGGAGAGGGUCUGUAUGCUACCCCACUCACUGUUGGCAGAGGUGGUGAGUUACACUCUGUGGCUGCUGGAAUGUUCUCAUGCCUCUGGCUGCUGCCACGCUACUAUGUUUUUCUCCAUUUGCUUCUCAUUCCGAGCUGUGCUUUCACUCUUCGACAACCAGGAUGGCCUAAGACGCCUUGUUAACCUGAUAAGCACUCUGGAGAUUCUAAAUCCAGAGGAUCAGGGGGCAUUGCUGAGUGAUGAUGAGAUCUUCUCCAGCAGGCAGACAGCCAAACACACAUGCAUGGCCCUGCGGCGUUAUUUUGAGGCCCACCUUGCUAUUAAAGUGGAGCAAGUAAAACAGAGUCUGCAGCGCACUGAGGGAGGCGCUCCCAUCCACCCACAGCCUUACUACAAGCCGUGCUCCUACACUCGCGAUCAGGUGGUUGAAAUGGUGGAGUUCCUUAUUGAGUAUGCCCCGGUACGCCUGUACUGGGAGCCUGCUGAGGUUUUCCACAAACUGUCUUGUGUACAGCUUCUGUUGCAACUCAUUUCCAUUGCCUGUGAUUGGAGAACAUACUAUGGCAGGAGUGACACUGUGCGGUAUGCACUGGAUAUCCUCAGCAUUCUGACUGUUAUCCCAAAAACUCAGCUUUUGUUGGCUGAAAAUGUGGCAGUACUGGAUGAGGGCGGGUCUACCAUCUCCACAGUGGGUAUGAGCAUUGUGCUGAUGGUAGCUGAGGGUGAGAUGUUUGUUAAUGAUGCAGAGAUCCAGAAGUCAGCACUGCAGGUGGUGAUCAACUGUGUCUGCGCUCCUGACAAGCGUGUCUCUAGCAUUGGGAAAUUUAUUUCUGGAACACCUCGUCGCCGCCUGCCCCAGAGUCACCGCUCCAGUGAAAGUGUCCUGGCCAAAAUGUGGAAUGUUGUCCAGUCAAACAAUGGCAUCAAAGUCCUUCUCUCCCUGCUUACAAUUAAAAUGCCCAUCACCGAUGCUGACCAAAUCCGUGCUUUAGCUUGUAAAGCACUUGUGGGGUUGGCACGAAGUGCCACUGUGCGACAGAUCAUAAGCAAGUUGCCGCUCUUCAGCAGCGGACAGAUCCAACAACUAAUGAAAGAACCUGUGCUUCAGGACAAGCGCAGCGAGCAUGUGCGCUUUUGCAAGUAUGCCGCUGAGCUGAUAGAGCAAAUAUCCGGAAAGCCCUUGUUAAUUGGCACGGAUGUUUCACUAGCACGACUGCAGCGGGCAAAUGUUGUAGCUCAAUCACGUAUUACAUUCCCAGAGAAGGAGUUGCUGCUUCUCAUUCGGAAUCAUCUGCUGUCAAAAGGUCUCACUGAUACUGCUGCGGCAUUAACGAAAGAGGCAGAAUUACCUAUGAGCAUUCAUUUGCAUUCACACACACAUUCUAGCGUAGCACCAUUUUCACCCUCUGUGUCCACGCCUCCCUCGCCGGCUCCCAUUCCACGGACUCCUAGACUUGCCAAUGGGGUGGCAUCGCGAUUUGGUAGCCAUGCCCCUCAUGUGCCAACCCCUCCUCUUCACCCACAGCCCCGCCCUUCUACCUCACAACCCCAACCACUGGCCACUACCACAUCUCAUAAUAGCAAUGGCUCUUCUCUGAUUGGUCGAAUCGUGUUCUCUAGGGAGCGGCCCUCCCCCUGUACCAUGGGAGCAAAAAAGCCAAGAGUUCUGAGGCAAAAAUCGGACCAUGGGGCAUUUAGCCAGAGUCCAGCCAUGAAGAAACAGUUGGACCGUCAUCUUCCUUCACCUCCGGCUCUUGAUAGUAUUAUUACAGAGUACCUGAGGGAGCAGCAUGCCCGCUGUAAGAACCCGGUUACCACAUGCCCCCCCUUCAGUCUUUUUACACCCCACCAGUGCCCAGAGCCAAAGCAGAGGCGCCAGGCACCUACAAACUUUACUGCACGACACAUGCACAGAGUUGUGUAUCCGAAAUAUGGGGGAGUGGAUGGAGGCUGCUUUGACAGGCAUCUUAUUUUCAGCAGGUUCAGGCCUAUCACGCUGUUUAAGGAAGCAGAGGAGGAUGAGAGUGGCUUCAUGUGCUGUGCAUUCUCAGCACGGGAGCGUUUCCUCAUGCUGGGCACAUGCACAGGGCAGCUAAAACUCUACAAUGUGUUCAGUGGGCAGGAAGAAGCUAGCUACAGCUGCCACAGCUCUGCUAUCACACACCUUGAGCCAUCCAGGGAUGGAUCUUUACUGUUGACGUCUGCUUCAUGGAGUUAUCCUCUAUCAGCUCUGUGGGGCAUGAAAUCUGUCUUCAUUAUGAAGCAUUCCUUUUUAGAUGAUCAUUAUGUUGAAUUCAGUAAACUCUCCCAGGACAGAGUGAUAGGAACAAAGGACCAUGUUGCUCAUAUUUAUGACAUUCAAACUGGGCAGAGAACCCUUACCUUGAACAAUCCUGACCUGGCAAACAACUACAAACGAAACUGCGCCACCUUCAAUCCCACCGAUGAUCUUGUCUUAAAUGAUGGGGUACUAUGGGAUGUGCGGUCAGCACUGGCAAUCCACAAGUUCGACAAAUUCAACAUGAAUAUCAGCGGUGUUUUUCAUCCCAAUGGCCUUGAGGUCAUUAUCAACACAGAGAUUUGGGACCUAAGGACAUUUCACUUGCUGCACACAGUACCAGCACUGGAUCAGUGUAGAACUGUUUUUAACAACAAUGGAACAGUUAUUUAUGGAGCAAUGCUGCAGGCUGAUGAUGAGGAUGACAUGAUGGAGCAGCAGAUGAAGAGUCCCUUUGGCUCUUCCUUUAGAACCUUUGAUGCCACUAAUUACAAACCCAUAGCUACUAUUGAUGUAAAGAGGAACAUUUUUGACCUCUGUACAGAUACAAAAGACUGUUACCUUGCAGUCAUUGAAAAUCAAGAUUCUAUAAACAUGGACACAGUAUGCCGUCUUUAUGAAGUAGGUCGACAGAGACUUGCUGAGGAGGAAGAGGAUGAGGAGGAUCAGGAGGAUGAAGAUCAGGAAGAAGAGGAGGAUGAUGAUGACUCGGAUGAUAUAGAUGAUAUCGACACAGACCCCCUCUUAGCUGAGCUGGAGAAUGAAAAUAAUGAAGAAGAAGAUGGUGAUCAGGAUUUUUCUCCAUCUGAUGAUGAUGAGGUGGCUCACCUGCUUGAGGAGGAUGGUGAGGACGAGGAUGACGAUGAUGAUGAUGACGACGACGAUGAUGACGAGGAAGAUUCAGAUGAUAAUGAUGGAGAUGUGGAGCUGAUGAUUGGCAACACAGAUAGCUCGGACAACUCAGACCUGGAAGAUGACAUCAUUCUCUCUCUAAAUGAAUAAUUGAGGACAAACAGAGGAGAAACUGGAAGCACAAUCUUAUUUAUAACUUAUAACUAAGAAUUUAAAUGCUUAAAUUGGUGAGCCCCUUGCUGGCAGUAAAAAUAAAGGGUGCUCUAAUGCUAUUUUUUUUGCUGAACGAAGAUGGAAAUAUGAGUAUUGUUUGAUGAAGCAAGUUUGGUACCUUCUAAAUGUAAAAAUGUACACAAUGUAAAAAGCAUAGUUUUUUUGAAAGUGCUUUCUAAAAUUCAGCUUUCUGAAUCUGUCCCUUUUUUUUUAGAAAGCAUAAAUACUGAGACUUGUUUUGAGAGCAAAAUGUGACAGUAAUUUGUGUGUGUGUUUGAAGUGCCACCAAUGUUACAAAAAUGUCUGAUUACUUUUGGGAACCCACCAAUCUUAGUGGACUGUUUCUCUGUGUUUAUCUGAAUUGGACAUCCAGCUGCCUUUUCCUCUCACAGUAUGCCUGCUUGAUUUUCUUUCAGCUUAAACAUUACAAAUAUGUUAGUUUAUUGUUGGGUAUUAAUGCUGUUCCAGAGAUAUUCCCACACAUUCAAAUGUUCUAGGAAUUGUUUGCUUUCAAGUUUGCUCAAAUUAAAAGCAAUUAGUGCUUAUGUUUAGUUUUUUGAAUGAAAGAUGUGGGUAUGGUUCAGAAAAUCAGUCAAGAAUGAAUGGUAAUGGAGCAAGUGCCAUCUUUACCAAGUGGUCCUAUACUAGCAUUUCCCAAGCGAAUUUUGGUGUGAUUUUAGGUGAUUGCUUAAAACAAAUGUACAGAAUAAUUGUACAGUAUGUAUCAAAGUAUUUUUACUAUAAACAGUAUUAAAAGUA